AUGAAAGCAAAAACGAAAUUAGGGAUGGGUAUGAAAAGAAGAAAGAAAACGAAAAGGAAGAGACUACUUCCGGUAACGAAACGUGGAGGUAUCCUACCGAUUUUACCAAUGUUAGGUGCGCUCGGAUCUUUGAUUGGUGGAGCGGCGAGCGUAGCGAGAGCUGUGAGCGAUCGCAAGGCCGCUCGACGUCAGUCGGAGGGUCGUAGACUGUAUCUAACGCCCUACAAACACGGUGGUAGCGUGAGAAAGAGAAAAAAGGCAAGAGCACAUGGUGAUAGUGCUCGUUCUAAAUCUUGGGAAUUCAGAAUUGGUCGAUCUACCGUAUACAAAAUUGUUCAAGAAGUAUGUGAAGCAAUAUGGAAAGCUCUCCAACCUAUAGUGCUUCCGCAACAAGAUUUAUUUACUUGGAAACAAUCAGUUAAAGAUUUUUAUGAGGAAUGGCAGUUUCCAAAUUGUAUCGAUGCGCUUGAUGGCAAGCACAUUCGCAUUAAAGCACCACCAAAUUCUGGAUCAAAAUAUUUUUGUUAUAAAAAAUUCUUCAGUAUAGUUUUGAUGGCAAUAUGCAACCACAAGUAUCGUUUUCUGUGGGUAGAUAUCGGUCAAUUUGGAUCUAUUAGUGAUGAUGGCGUAUGGAGUGAGACUGAGCUUGGAAGAUGUGUGGGACAAGAAAGUUUUAAUAUACCAUCACCAUGUGAAUUGCCUGGUACAAAUAUUAAAAUUAAUCAUGUCCUUGUCGCUGAUGAGGCAUUUCCUUUAGGUAUGAACUUGUUAAAACCAUAUUCGCAAAAGUUCCUUGCUAAUGGUGGUGAAGAUGCUGAUAAAGCUCGUGUAUUUAAUUACCGUCUAUCAAGAGCACGAAGAAUUAUUGAAAAUGCAUUUGGUAUACUAGCAUCUAGAUGGCAAAUUCUUCUGUAA